CCUAACGCGCUCUUCCUCUCCCCGAUGUGUUUGUAGCAGCGGAGCGGGCGGCAGCGCAAUGGCUUCAAGCAGCGGCACCGACGUGAUCCAGGUCACCAACGUCUCCCCCAGCGCCAGCUCCGAGCAGAUGCGGACGCUCUUCGGCUUCCUCGGAAAGAUCGAGGAGCUGCGCCUCUUCCCCCCCGAUGAUUCUCCUUUGCCUGUUUCGUCGCGUGUCUGUUUUGUAAAGUUCCAUGAUCCUGACUCGGCAGUUGUGGCCCAGCAUCUGACAAACACUGUAUUCGUUGACAGAGCGUUGAUAGUCGUACCAUAUGCAGAAGGAGUUAUUCCUGAUGAGACUAAGGCUUUGUCUCUCUUGGCACCAGCUAAUGCUGUGGCAGGUCUGCUGCCUGGAGGUGGACUCCUGCCUACUCCCAACCCACUUUCUCAGAUUGGUGCUGUUCCUUUAGCUGCUUUAGGAGCUCCUGCUCUUGAUCCUGCCCUAGCUGCUCUUGGGCUUCCUGGAGCAAACUUAAACUCUCAGUCUCUUGCAGCAGAUCAACUACUAAAACUUAUGAGCACAGUGGAUCCCAAGUUGAACCAUGUAGCUGCAGGUCUUGUGUCACCAAGUCUGAAAUCAGAUACCUCCAGUAAAGAAAUAGAAGAAGCUAUGAAAAGAGUACGAGAAGCACAGUCAUUAAUUUCUGCUGCUAUAGAGCCAGACAAAAAAGAUGAAAAACGAAGGCAUUCAAGGUCAAGGUCACGCUCAAGGAGGAGGAGGACACCUUCUUCAUCUAGACACAGACGGUCAAGAAGCAGAUCAAGGAGAAGGUCCCAUUCAAAAUCGAGAAGCAGGAGGCGAUCUAAAAGUCCAAGGCGAAGAAGGUCUCAUUCCAGAGAGAGAAGCAGAAGGUCUAGGAGCACAUCCAAAACCAGGGAUAAAAAGAAGGAAGAGAAAGAAAAGAAACGUUCGAAAACUCCCCCCAAAAGCUACAGCACAACUAGACGAUCAAGAAGCACAAGCAGCUUAAAAAAAAAAAAAGCUUUGAUCUCUCUUUCCUGCAGAGAAAGACGACGUAGAAGAAGCAGGAGUGGGACACGGUCACCUAAAAAACCCAGGUCUCCUAAAAGGAAAAUGUCCCGGUCCCCAUCUCCAAGAAGACAUAAAAAGGAAAAAAAGAAGGAUAAAGACAAGGAGAGAAGUAGAGAUGAGAGGGAGCGGUCAACAAGCAAGAAAAAAAAAAGCAAAGACAAAGAGAAGGAUCGAGAACGAAAAUCCGAGAGUGAUAAAGAUGUGAAAGUCACAAGGGAUUAUGAUGAGGAAGAACAAGGAUACGACAGUGAGAAGGAGAAAAAGGAAGAAAAGAAAAUGGCAGAUUCUUCCUCCCCUAAAGUUAAGGAGUCUGCUGCUGAUAAAGGAAGUGGAGACUCAGCAAGGGAAUCCAAAGUAAACGGGGAUGAUCACCAUGAAGAGGACAUGGAUAUGAGUGACUGAAUUUUGCCUUUGCAGUGAACAGAGCUGCAGACGUGCAUCAGUGUCAUUCCUGUGUGAUUCUUUUAUGCUGUACUUGUUAAUCCUAAAUCUAGAUGUAUACAGCUCUUAAGCUAUACAUGGUUUGUAAAUCUCCUGAUACUAACUCACGUCAAAAGCUUUCUAGAAAGGUAACCAUUCUUGUUAUGGCCGAAAGGGAUUGCGUAGCCAAGCAAUUUUUACUAACUUGGUGAUGCUUCAAGCAAAAGUAAAAAAGCUGCAUGCAUCUACAGCAGGCAUGGACUGUUUGUUGUAUGAUCUCCUUUAGUAAAUCAGCUCACUUAUGAUAGUGUUUCUAGAAUUUGAUUCAUUGCAGUAAUAGAGCAGUAUAGGGAAUGCACUGACUGCAUGUUGAUUGUGGCAGAAACAUCCUAAAUGUUCUAAAAUCCUACAACAUACGGUGGAUCUACUUGAGGGUCUUAACUGUGACUACACAAAAAAAUUGACAGUCCAACUGAAAAUAAGCAUUCUGAUAUAGAUAGUUUUAUGUUUUGGGGUUUUUUAAGCCAUGUGGCUGGGGUUGGUUUGUUUUCUUUUGUUUUUCCCGGUGGGUUUUGUUUGGCUUUGACAAAGUUAAAAUGCACUAACCUUUUUGAGGGCUUUUCUUAGUCUGUCGGUUCAAAUCCAUCUCAGGCGAGCUGUAAUGGUUCUUAGCUUUUCUUCUGGAGCCUUGGGAAGUGAAAAUCUCUGCUUGAUGAGUGCCCAGUGAUUAAAGGUUGAUUUGUGCAGUUUUCAUAAUCCAGGUUGUUUCAUUUGUUAAUGAGCUGAAUACAUUGCGAAAAGGUAGUGCAUUUUAAAAUUGACCUUCGUACGCUUUUAAAAGCAAGUCUACUUGAUAAUGUACUUUUUACUUGAUCUCAAGUUGUAUAAACUAAUAAAUUUGUGUUUACUGUCACUGCAGUAGUAAUCUUAUGCACACAGUGAUUCCAUGUUAUAUGCAAAGUAGUUAGGCAAGCUGUUUUCUUAGUUACCGAAGUUCAAGAGCUUUUACUUUUGUGCAGAUAAAAAGACAAAAGUAGGCUACAGUCUGUGCCAUGUUGAUGUACAGUUUCUGAAAUUGUUUUACAAAACUUUGAUAAUAAAACCCUUAAACUUA